GAAUGGCUUUACCAAGAAAGCCAGGCAGAUCGUUCCUUAGCGGCUUUGGCAGACCAUGACCUAGCUCAUCAUGAACCUGGAAGGGCUCGAAAUGAUAGCUGUCUUGGUCAUGAUUGUCCUCUUUGUUAAGAUGCUGGAACAGUUUGGACUGAUAGACUCGAGCUUGGAAGACAGCGUAGAAGAUGAAAUGGAAAUGGCCACUGUACGGCAUCGGCCCGAAGCCCUUGAACUGCUGGAAGCCCAGAGCAAAUUCACAAAGAAGGAGCUACAGAUCCUAUAUAGAGGUUUCAAAAACGAAUGUCCCAGUGGGGUUGUUGAUGAAGAGACCUUCCAGGGGAUUUACUCGCAGUUCUUCCCACAGGGAGAUUCCACAACAUAUGCACAUUUUCUGUUCAAUGCAUUUGACACAGAUCACAACGGAUGUGUGAGUUUUGAGGAUUUUGUUAUGGGACUUUCAAUUUUGCUCCGGGGGACAGUACAAGAAAAACUAAACUGGGCUUUUAAUUUAUAUGACAUAAAUAAGGAUGGUUAUAUAACAAAAGAGGAAAUGCUUGAUAUUAUGCAAGCCAUAUAUGAUAUGAUGGGGAAAUGCACUUAUCCUGUUGUCAAGGAGGAUGCACCCAGGCAACACGUGGAAACAUUUUUCCAGAAAAUGGACAAAAAUAAGGAUGGCGUCGUUACCAUGGAUGAAUUCAUUGAAAGCUGCCAAAAGGAUGAAAAUAUAAUGCAGUCCAUGCAGCUCUUUGAAAAUGUGAUUUAACGCCACAAAGUUCUUUCAAUUAAUGGACAAUAUGAACAGUUCUGCAGCAACAACUUCAUACAGG